UGGCCACAACAAAAACGUCAAGACAGUCUUUCCUUUGUCACACUCUAUGUGCACACUAUGAGAAAAGCUGUCUUUAAAAUGUCUCUCAAGAGACAACACAGAUCCUCAAAAUGAAAUAUACACCGUGGUAGUUGUAUUUGCCCCGACAUGAUUGGUGUCCUUGCAGUCAGUGUUCCAGCGGAGGGACUCUCCACAGCUGCACAGCAGCUUUUGAGCGGGGGCGUUGCGUCGUCGGACCAAGAAAUGCACCUGACUGCCGAGCAUCUCUUUUGCAAAGUUCUUUGCACGUCAGGCUCCUCCCUGCUUCCUGCAGCCAAUCAACAUAUGAUAAGAUUUAAGAUUCGCCACAAGAGGAGAGAGUCCUUGCAGAGUGAGGCAACUUGUCUGCUCAAAGAGAUGAAUUUGGAGGAGCACAAUGGCCCGGCAGCGGGCUGCUGCAACGGCAAACUGAGGCAGUGGCUGAUCGAUCAGAUUAACAGCAAGAAAUACCCCGGCCUGGUUUGGGAAAACCACGAGAAAACCAUCUUCAGGAUUCCGUGGAAGCACGCGGGCAAGCAGGACUAUAACCGAGAGGAGGAUGCUGCGCUCUUCAAGGCGUGGGCUUUGUUCAAGGGGAAAUAUAAAGAAGGCGUGGACAAGCCAGACCACACCACGUGGAAAACCAGGCUUCGCUGCGCCCUCAACAAAAGUAACGACUUUGAUGAGCUGACACACAGAACCCAGCUGGACAUCUUGGAGCCUUACAAAGUCUACAGCAUCAUUCCAGAAGCGGCCAAAAGAGGUACAGUAACAGGAACGAAGAUGAGCGCCACUACAGAAGAUGCAUCCCAUUCCUUUGAUAUGAUUCCUCCAUAUUCAACACUGCUCAGCCAGGAGAUAAGAGACUGGAGAGAUUGCAAACGUCCCGAACAACACCCCGUUACUCCUGUACAUCACUGUGGAUCGCACGCAGAGCUCCCAUAUUCUCAAUUCUCUUCGCCAAUCAGCCGAGCUUGGCCUGAGCCACAGUCAGAAAACGGCUUUCCGUUCUCCUUCCACCCCUACAUGUCGGAGGCCCAACAACCUUUGUAUACGACGGACGACAGCAGUAUCAUAACAGAUUUCAGCCUGCAUGUGUCCCUAUUCUACAGAGAGUCUUUGGUGAAGGAGGUGACCACCAGCAGCCCUGAAGGUUGUCGCAUCACCCCUCCUUCCUCCUCCUCCUCCCCCUCGCCGACAUCCUCUUCCCCGUGCCCCCCAGAGAUUCACAGCGGGGCGGAUAUCGUUCUCUUUCCGUUGCCGUUCCCCGAGUCUCAAAGGCAGGGUGCCGAGAGGCUUCCUGAUAUCCUGGAGCGCGGAGUGAUGCUGUGGAUGACGCCCGACGGCCUUUACGCCCGGCGCCUUUGCCGAGGCCGUGUGUUCUGGGAGGGACCCCUUGCUCCCUAUGUGGAUAAACCCAAUAAACUGGAGAAAGAGAUGUCGUGUAAACUCUUUGAUACUCAGCAAUUUCUGAUUGAGCUUCAAGAUUUUGCCCAAAAUGGACGACAUGUGCCGAAACACCAGGUGGUUCUUUGUUUUGGAGACGAGUACCCCAACCCACAGCGUCCAAGAAAGAUGAUCACAGCUCAGGUGGAGCCAGUGUUUGCCAGAAAAUUGUUCAACUAUUACCAGCAGAGCAAUGGCCACUACUCGCAGACUUACCAACACACCCAGGAACAGAACACAUCGAGUCCAAACGCCCUUCUGUCCCAGAGACCCUCACACAUCUAGGAGUGACGCACACAAGCACAACCUUUAUCACAUCUAUCAAUGACACAAUGUGGAGAGGCCCCUAUUAAAUCCCCCCCGACACCAGAUCCCCCCCACACCAGAUCCCCCAGCACGCCUAUACAUUGCUGAGUCUCUUUACGUGCGCUUUACGAAUAUUUGUGACUGUGUGUGCGAAGGAUGCGGUUUUACAGCGAGGGUAUGGGCUGGGGGCAUUCUGACAGGAAAUACUAGCACAGGUGCACAGGAAGUACGGCCCCUCACAAAAACACAGGGAUAACGCAUUCUGUGAAUAAAUAUGUAUGUCAUAAAAAUGUACCGAUAGAAGGUGACACAGUAGUCCAUAGUUGAGAAAGUAUUUGUCAACAGAGCUUGAUACACGUACACAUCAACUAAUUAUGCUUUUUAGCAUCGUGACACUUUUGCCCUCAUAAAUUCACUAUCAUUUAAAAUACUGUUCCACUUGAUGUGAUCAUAUGAUGUGUGGGAUUUUUAUAGAUGGGCAUGAUAAACAAUUCAUCAAAUAACUGACUGUUGGGCGAUUGUGUUUUAAUUGAUUAUCGAUGAGUCGUGUCUUGAAGCAGUUGAGCCACAAUGGAGUACUUGGAGGCGCUGCUGAUUCGGCCAGUUUGUUCAGAACAACAAAGUGAUGUCAGCUGUGAGAAGUCACGCUACAUCCGCGCUAUGGCGCAACUCGUCCGGGCACCAUUACUCAACGCUGACAUUAAAACAGGAGUUCAAAACAUUCCCCAAAAAGAUUUUCCCACGUCAUUAAAAAAACAAACAAAAACAAAACGGGAUUAAUAUCAAAUAGUUUAUCGCUGAUAUUUCCCGUAGCUGAUCUAGUACAAACACACUCACAGUGUCAUCAUUGUGCUUGUGUACUACCCUUGUUUAGUUGGACUUGACUUUUACAGACACAAGUGUCCGUGGCAAACCUUGGAAAUGAGCAAAACUGUAUUCCCUCACUGGUUAACAUCGAACAAGGUGGGCGCAACAAAUGUCAAAAAGCAAAAGAAAAUUUCACAAUAAAUGACCUAAUAUUUAAUGUCGUCUGUCUGACAUUUGACUGAAAAAUAUCACUUGACUGAAUCUAGACUAAAGUCACUCUAUGGUCAGCUAAUUUUUCUGCGACUUAAAAAGAGCGUUGCUUGGAAAUAUUGUCCUGUAACCCGUACGGAAGCUGCGGCUGUUUCCCUUUAGCCCGAAACUAGCGACCUUACAAAUGAGAAGAAAAACUACCUUUGUGGUUUUAUGUGCAGGUUCAGUCAGGGAGGAGCUUUUUUGUUUCCUCUGCAUUGUCGUGCUUACACAACUGCAUUCGAAGCGAACAGAUUGUUUGUUCCAGAUUCCAACAAGUUCUCUUUAAACAGUAAUAUGUCAUCAUACAUAUGGUUGAAGUCCCGUUCAAUUCAUAGGUUUUAUGACAUAUUUUUUUUCAUUGUUGUAGAGUUUCAACAGUCAGCGUUGACUUCCCUUUCACUCGAAACCACAUCACUCUCACAAUGUCUUCAAAUGUGUAAACCAAAAAAAAAUCACAUGCAGUAGUGGCCUUCAUUUUGUGUGCGCGCGUGCGUCCUUCCUCUCUAAAAAUCCUGCUGUUCCUAUUGUAUAAUUGAUUUGAUUUUGAAUGGAAAUAGAAAUCAGAAAGAGUAAAGUUGUUGGUAUAUUUCUCAUUGUUUCAUGACUAUUGAAAGUACGUGACAUUUAUGGUCGUCAAAAAAACACGUGCUCCCCCACCUGCGCCAUCAAUGAGUCGUUGACAUAAAACCAUUCCACUGAAUUUGACCAAUGUAGUCAAAUGACUCAGAAAGUCACAGUACAACAAAUGCUGACCUUUAUUACAAAGCAUAAAUAAUUCAUUCAUUUUAGAAUAAAUAUAAACUGACUACACAAUUUGUUUCAUAGGGAUAAACAGAGAAAUGUUCUUUAACAACAAAAUACCUUUUUUCUUCUUCUUUUUUUUCCACUCACACAUUUGCCUCGCGUUUCCCUUUUCCGCUCUGCAGGAAGCCACAUUGUUUGUAGUGUGUAUCAGCCGUUACUUUGCGUGGCAUCACCUUCCAUUUACAGUACCUCAAACAUCACCACAUUUUGGCUUUUGCUCAGAAAUGAAAAUGCUCCCAAUCUGUGAGUGCAGCAAAAACGUUUGGUCAGUGAAAAAUUGCUCUUCCACCCCACACUGAACUUUUGCGACAAGCUUUUUGUUGUCCUUCCCCUAUAAAUAGAUCAUUUAGUUCAUAUUUGAUGUGCAUCUACAAUUAUAUUUCUCUAAAUAAAACUUGCAUUAAGACAUUGCUCCAGUACAACAGUUGCAUGGGAUUUUUAUUGUGGCUCCUUAAGAACCAACAAUGAUAAAGGCAUAUGCAAUUAUACUUAUCAUUAAAACACCUCCGAACUUGAUGGUUGAAGUGACGCUUUAAAAGCAAAAGGCCCUUUUUUUU